ACCUAGACAGCUCUCUCUCUCUUUGGCUCUUUUGUGAUACCAACAGUUUUUCUAAUUUCUCCUUCUCAUUAAUGGCUGAUGAUCCUAUGGAUUCUGAUUCAUGCGUUGGUUCCAAGCGUAGAAUCACUACUGGCACUGAACAAGAAGAAGAAAUAACUCUCCUUCAACUUCAACUUUCCUAUUACCAUUCUGAAAUCAGUACCCACCACAACCAGGAUUCAACCUUUCAAGAUCACCAACAAGAAACAAAUAUGGAGGAUAGCAGUCCCGAGAAGAAAGCCAAGUGCUUUUCUCUAUUUUCCGAGGGAAACCAAGAACUGGGUCUUCGUUCUUCCACUGAGAAGAAUGUCUCUCUUUCUGGGUCUUUUGAGAAAGAAAAGAUGGAUAAUGUUGAAAACAAAGACGGUUCCUUUGGAGUUCAAGAAGUUGAUAGUCUAGUCAAAGCCAUUGAAGGUGAUAAGAAGGAACAUCUGGGGACUUGUUUGGAAUUUGAGGAGAAAAUGACUACCAAAGGAAAGGCCUUGGAAUCUGAAAAUGUGCUAGAAGAUGAAAAGAAACUACUUUUGGGUGAUCUUGAAGUUGGAAAAAUAUUUGGUGCCAAAACCUGCACUGGAACCAUCUGUCAUUUUGCAACAAACUCGUCCAAGAUUGAUGUUGACAACAACAUUGGUGGUAUCAAAGGACUUGAUUUGCCUGUUAGAGGGUCUUUAAAGAUUGAAGUUAUCGAUGAUACAGCCUUGAUCGGAUCAUUUCCACUCUGCAAAACUGGCAAUGGCAGUGUAAAGGAUGAGAAGAAGAAGGGGAAACAGGAAGUUGAUGGUAAGAAAGCUAAAAGAUCACGAAGAAAGGGAAAGAAUGCCAAAAAGGUUUUCGGGGAAGCUAUGAAACAUAUGGAUUCAACAACAAUUGUUGAAGUUGAAAAUGGUAGGAGAGAAAGCCAAAGUCAAAGUAAGAUAAUGUACUCAAGAAAAGAGCUAGAGGCUUUGAGGUUUGCUAAAGCUGUGGAACAACAAUAUUUGUGGAGGCAUGCAUAUAAUGACCUUGGUACUGAUGUGAUCAGAGAGUAUGAGGACUUGGCAAGCUGGAAGCAUCAGAAGAACAUUAUCUUGAGCUCUGAUACUCAUCACCUCUUUGGAUGGAAGGCAGGGUCUCCUGCAAUUAUGAGGGAAGAUUAUUCUGAAAACGUAGAUAAUGAACUAGAAUACAUGGAGGACAAUGCAAAUGAAGAUGAUGACAGUGAUGAAGAUUACACCAGCAUUCUUAGGCCCACUUUCAUGGUUGAAAUGGAACCUGACUUCGAUUCUGGUCCUCCAGAGAAUGGAUUUCCAUAUCUUAGGCGUGUCAGGUGGGAAGCUGCUCAAAUUCCAAAAGUAGAGAUUGGCAAGCUUGACAGGAUUAAGUUGAACAAGGAACAAAGUGUUUAUAUGCCCCAGAUACCAGAAAUUGCUUAGUGUCCAGAACAUUUACUGCCAUUGAAACAGCGGAAGGAAGCAUUUCUUGCAGAAUUUUCAGAGCUACGACUGAUCCGCACUUUUGGCCCCAUUUAAUUUUGACAUUUACUAAAUCAAAAAAAAAAAAAAAACACUGAUUAUCUUUAAGAUCUGGAGAAUGGUAAAACUUUGACAUUGGCUAUCUAGGGCAACUACCUUUAACUUUUGUUUCCUUUCUUGAUCUCAAGUUCUGUCAUAUCUGGAGGAUCCCAGUGCCGAAAUUUCUCGUAAAAUACCAAAGUUUACUGUUCAAGAGGAGGACUUGUGUCAGCUUCCUGAGAGUGUUAUUGAGAAAUUUAACAAGCUUGCAACCAGUGAAGUCCAUUCUGACCAAACAUCUUUGUCAAAUGCUGCAGACUGUGAUUUUAUUGUCUCAUCAGAAUCCAUGUGCUAAACCCUCUGUUGCUGAUACUUGUGGUAACUACCCAACCUUGUCUGCAACCAAAAGAUGGACUCUGUAGCUCGAGUUUCAAUCUUAAUAAACGCAUAACCUCAGUUGAGAACAUGACCUCACUGUCAAUGACUAACUGCGUGUGGCUAUUUGCUUUAAGCGCAGCAGUUGACACUCCUCUGGACGACGAUACUUGUGCUUCUCUUCGAACUCUAUUUCACAAGUGUGCUAACUUGAGAGCUGCGAAGUCCGACUUCAAUGAUGAAUUUGUUAUGCUAAAUAUUUUGGCCACUAUUUCAGGAAGAUACUUCGGCCAGUCAGAAACUUGAAGGUUCCUCCAUCUCAGUGUCUGUAUUUAUGCUGGUUGCAUGAUCUUGUGAAGUUGUUAAUGACCAUGUGGUUCUAUGGUACCCUAUUAUAAACAAAGUCUGAGGUUUUUGUAGAGUAUAUGACAAAAAAAAGUUGCCUUUUCCAACUUUGUGGUUAAUUGUCAUGUAGUGUUUUUCUUUAAUACGUAAAAUAACUUCUAGAAAUUACAAUUUGGAUGGUACAAAUUACAAAGGUGUGGAAUUAGGGAGUACAAUGACUUGGAAUUUGUACUGUUGUAGCCCUGUGUAGUACAUUUGAACUUUGAAUUCAUGUACUGGAUUAUAUUUGGAAUGUGCUUAUAUAAUUCUGAAACCCUUCGUUCAAAAUCUUCGUCUCCAAGUUGUAAGCAAAAGUUGUAUUAGGUGGAGGAGCCCCACAGGAGCGACAUGAGAUCACAUGUGGUCACUCUUUAGAUGAAACUUUAUCCACUGUCUUCCAUGUGUUCUCAGGUCGCCCCUGCAGGGCUUUCCUUCACCGUCUGAUACCCAUAUUGAUGAGUUUGACUUUCCUUUCUCUGCUUUUGCUUUUCAGCAAUGUCCUAACUUCUUUUGAGAAUGGAACUUAUUCACAAGAUGCUAACUGGGUCAAGACCAGCUGCAAUGGAAAUGUUAGUCACAACAAUGAAGGUGUUACGGGCAUUUUUGGGUUCAAAAGGAUAAAACGGUCUUUUUCAUUAUUUAGAGAUUGUUAAUAAACAAUUAAAAAUAUUUUUUAUUUUAGGUCAAUGUAAUAUAAC